CUAAUAUGAUCUGAGUGAGGCGUGCCACUUGAUCAUGCUACGUGUCUGGUUCAAGCUACCCUUGUAGAGGUCCUGCCAUACCCCAACCACAUCACCUGCACGCACACAGAGAAUCGAUCGAUUGAUUGCCCCACUCACACAUCUAACACAUACACACGUCUCACUGACCUUCCAGCCCCGGCACACGGCACCUCUUUCUGCUUUUCGACACGCCUCCAAAGGCGCUCUUGGAUGGGCUUGGCUUCAGAUACUUGUAUGACAGGUGGCGCUUCCGCGUCUCCUCUUUCUUGGGUGUCUGUAGCUCUUCGUCAUAUGGAUCAGAACGAAUCAUAUCGAUGGGCGAUGUGCGGUUGAGGUCGGGUAGGGAGAUCGAGGGCGUCAUGCGAUGGACCUUCCGCUUCCCGUUUUCCUUCCCACCCUCCUGUGUGGGCUCUUCUUGCUGCUGGCCACCACCGUAACUCUCGAAUGGCCCUGCAUCAGCCAUCUCACUCAUCUAUCUCGCUGGCUUGGUGCAUUCUUGUCUCUUGCCCUGCUUGCCCACCAUCUGAUCGCUGAAAGUGCCGCUGCCAUGGUGUCUUCCUGCUGCGUGUUCGUCGACUGUCGGCUUUCACGGGUGGCAAGCAGUCCUCUGCAUGGCCCUGGUCACUCUCACGAAGGCCAUAUUGCCUGAGCCAAACACCAAUUGAUAAUCAAUGAAAGCGCAUUGAUAUUCAAUGUCCAGACACACGCCUACCAGUUGACGGCAGCCUGGUUUGUGGGCCGCAGCGGAUUGGUGACAAAGGCUCCCACAGUGGUCUUGCUGAGGUACCUGGCCUCCUCAGCCGGGCCGUCGGGGCCCACUGCAGCCUACACACAUACACAUACACAGCCACAGUGGGCAUUUAUCGACCCGCCACACAGGGUCUCUCACCUGUCUGCUCGGCCGCUCCUUGAGCUUCAUGAUCCUGAAGUCAGGCGCAUGUGGUGCCGGCGUGGCCCUGGGCUUCCACCGUAUUGACGGACCGCUCGGCGGGCUGUUGAACGCGCGGCCCCAUGAGGCGGUUGUCGCGGUGUGCGCGGGGUCGGUCGCAGACGAUAAAUCGGCAAAGAGGGAUGGAUCCUGUGUGCGCAGUGCGGUGAUCCACUGCCACGUGCAUGCGUCCACUCCUCACUCUUUCAGAACAUCGUGGUAAGCGGCACACGAACGACUGAUGCCAAGCAUAGAGAGUCACGCCGCGGUAGAGUGACUGCAGUGCACAGGAGCACUGCAUUGCACAAUAUGGUGUAUGGUGUACCUGCGGUGGUAUACGAAGGCGGAAGAGUAGCUGUACACAUCAUGACAGCCAAAUGAGCUCACACACGUGUCGGGGUUCUUUCGCGUUCUUUCCGUACCCGUUGUCCGUACCUGAAUGGGGGCCGCUUGAGCGAGGAGGAGAGGCACGUGAGAGAGGCGCUCGUGUGGCGGGGGGCACUCGCACUCGCGCUGUGCUUCUCCAU